AUGCAACAACAUGUUCCAUCGCCAGCAGGAGCCUCUGAAGAAGGGGCAAAUCAUCAGCUAGUGAUUGGACUCGAUGAGACAAAAAUCACUGUGAAAAAGAAAAAGGAAAAUGGAAAGUCAAUCAAAUCGGCAGUCACGAAUCAUGGAACAGUGAGGAAACAAACUGCUGCACUGCUGUCAACAAGUAUGGAGGCAUCCAAUGGACCCUUAUCCAAUGUUGAUGAUGUCAAGAACAACAACAACGGUAAUGGAAAAGAAUCAAAUAAUAGUAAGAAAGAGGUUCAUUCAGGUCAAAAACAAUCAGACUCCUCCAACACCACAAAUCCUUCAAAAUCAACCUCCAAUAAGGCAUCUAAACCACAACAAAAACUUCUUUUGGACUUUUUCAAGUAG